GUGUGCGCGGUGGAUAGAGUGCGAGUAUGAUUAGGACGUGGGUCGUCGUAUGUCGCUGCAGAGGGCCGAGAGAGCGUGUCUCCUGCGGAACACAGCUGGCACGGACCGUCAAGAUGUAAGCUGUCGGGCAGAGAACGCGUGUGUGACGGUACGCCGCUGGCCCAGGCCGAGAGAACGUUCUUCCACGAGGAAGAGGAAGAAGAAGAAGAAGAACAGGAGAGACACGACGAUCAAACGGGCCGAUCCGGGAGAAUGGAGUAGAGCGGGAACCAGGGAUCGAUUGCUUCCCGAUUGUUGGCAUGGAGGACACGACACUGGGCAUCAUCGAGGGCUGAGCUAUCGAAAAAUAUGGCGUCAGGAAUACCGAGCGUUCAUCAGAGGAAGCUUGGACCAGCGCCGAUAGCAUCCUUCGAAGACCUGUCCGACGAGGUGGAAAACGGGGAACCGGCUGCGCGAAUGCCAGGCAUCGUCGAGGUCACCACGCCGGCAACGCCUGGUAGUUCGCUUAAGACACCCAGCACGCCGAGAAUUGACAUCAGCAGGGCGAGCAGUUCCUCCCACCAUGAGGACAGUAACUCCAGGGAUUCCACGCCCGAGAGGGAACUCCUCGCAGGCGGAGAACCUCCACCCGGAUGCAAGCUGACUCUGGGCUACAAGGAGGACGCCCAGGAUCUGAGAUCGUCGACGGAGGAGCUCGAUCUGCAAGAUCCGAUUCACGAGCAAGAUCUGAAAAGGGAAUCGAAGAAAUUGGCCAAGAGGCGGAAGGAGGAUGGUUCUCUGUCCGACUACAGCGGCAAACAAUUGGACAGAGAGCGUAAGGACAGCAAUUGCUCGGAGAUUGUUCUGUUGAACAUCAGUGGGAGAACGUCCAGGCUCUCGUCAGUCGGUAGUCAAGGUUCCGGGGCGUCUGGCAAGCUUUCCGUCGUGUCAGCCACGUCGUCCAGGUCACCGAGCCCGCACAAAUGUCUACUCGAAACGUCGUUCUGCGGAAGCAAGCCGACCCUGGCCGAUAACCUGAUAGAACCGUCGAAGCCUGAGACCGACGAUCUGGAGAAGAUCCUGUUGAAACGGGAGGCGGACACCACGAAAGCGUUGAUCCCGGAGAGCAUAAAGGUGUCGAUGGUGGACGGAAAUUUGAAGCCCGAUCCCUUGGACAAACCGAGGCGGCGGGGUCGAGAGGAGAGGAAGGAGAUCUUUAAACGAGAAGUCGAGAUCACGAAGAGAUUUCUCGAGAAGGUGAAUAUACAGGUGCCGGUGGUGAAGAGAUCGGAGAAUACAACGGAGCAAGAAUCGGCGAGAAGUGAACAGGCGCAAGAGGUGCAGAAGCCGGCCACUCUGGAUUUCAACGACAAGAGGAAAAAGGCGCAGAACUUUAAGGAGAUAGUGCAAACAACCCCGACAACUAGCAGCGCGACCGGUAGCCCAAAGUUGGCCAGGCAUCAGAAAGUCCGCGACCUCGAGGGAUCCCGUACACCCAGCCCCUCCUCCGUCUCCAGAAAGAGCAGCUUCACCUCCCUGUUCAAGGCCCGUACAGACAGCAGUGUGUUGAGCCCAGAAUCACCGUCGCCCAGCACCAAGCCUCGCCGUAGCUUGACCUCGAAGAUCAGGGACACCACCGAGAGCCUGCGCAGCAGGUCCAAGUCGAGGGACCGGGUGGCGCCCCCGGCCGACAAAGGAGCAGCUUUGAGAAAGGAGUCCAAGAACAAGGGUGUGUUCUCGUCCACGCUGAGCUUGUUCAAGAAACGCGAGCGGAAGAAAAGUUACGACGAGGCGAUCGCUGCCUCCGCCGAGCUCAGCGCGGGGCACGCGGAGGUUAGAAGCGCGGAGAGCAGGAGGGCGGACUUGUUGGACGAGGGGAUCAGGGUCGCGGAUCAGGAGCUGGUGAAAACGCCGAGCGUGAUCUCGGAUUUGGACCGCAACAGCUCGGAGUCGGAGAGGGACUCGGAGAUCGAGUUUAUCAGGAACAAGGUGGAGAAGCUUGCCGAGGAACUGCCCGACGAGAGGAAAGGCCUGUUCUACGAGGAGAGCUUCGAGGAGGAUCUCCCCUAUAUCCCGACCACCCUCCCCUUGGAGAAGAGCGUGGCUGUGCCGAUCCUGCCUGUGAAACAACGACUUCAGGAAGUGAGAACGAUACCAAUCGAGAGGCCGCGUUCCACGACACCGAUAAACCCGACACUGCUCGACGAGUUCGUGAUGCAGACGUCUCUGGACGAGCGCCGCGUGGAGAAAAUGAAGAUAUCGUUGCCCCGGGAAGAAAGUUUCAAGCUGAAGAGCCCGAGGAAGCACGCGGCGAACACGUUCAUGGAGUUCGCCGGCAAGGUGCCCGACGGGGGGCGGAAAACCGCGGGCAAGUCGCCGAGUCCUCCUCCACUGCCACCGAGGGCCACGGCCAGGCCGAGCAAUUGGAUCAAUUUCGAGGAGAUACCGGAGAAGAGGAAAGCGCCGAAGAGGAUUCAAACGAUCCCUCGGCCCGAAGACGAGGUGAAAUCAGGUGGAUACAGUUACGUUCAACCGGAGGAAUGCAGGUGCGAGUGCCACGAAGAGUCGCGACGAGCGUCGAUGAAAGAGGCGGCUGCGACGAGGGCGUCGUCCUCGUGCAGCAGCAACGGGGAGCGUGCUUGCAACGGUGACAACUGUACGGUGCCUACGUCGACGUCCCUGGAUCGCGCCAGUAUCGUCAGUGACAGCUCGUUGGAGUGUAGCCUGAGCAUCGAGGAGAACAACGCUACGCAACCGUUAUCGGCUAAGCCGUUCAGCAUGGAUCUGGACAUCAGGUCGAAUCGGUCCAGUAUCGUAUCCCAGGACGAGACUGACGAGACCCUGCACCAAUAAUAGUUCAUUCGCGGCACGCCUCGCCUUAUUAUCCUCUUGUUAAUCGGAACGAAGAUUCAACCCCUUGUUGGAACUGUAACUCUCGAUCCGAGUUCUCGUUGCAUCUGUAGCCGAUCCGAAUCUCCAAUGUAUCUCGUCGAAACUGGAUAACGAAUCCACUCUGCUCUCCCUCUCCCUUCUACUCUUAUUUUCUCUUUCUCGCUUCUCUCUAUUAUUAAAA